AUGUUAAACGAGUUCACGUAUUCAAGAUAUAAGAUGAAUAACUGCGAAUGUCAUUCUAUCUUGCAGGACCGAGUGCAAGAACUGCUUCAAUUCAUAGACGAGCUCAAGCGCUUGGCAAAGUUUUUGGGGUUAGGGAACCACGGCUUGGUCUUUCAGGAGUUGCUUGGCUUGAGCAACAGCGGCAACAAGAAGGAAGAGAGCAUCAUAACAGGGUUGGUCAAGUUGGACCAAUACCUUGAGCCUGAUCGCAUAGCCCAACUCUGUCGGCACGUGGAUGAUCUUCGAAUGCUUCUCAGGCUGAAGGUGCAAGAUGGAUCAGAUCUUCAAACAGCUGCCAAGACUCUCAGAGAUUCGUAUCAUUUUUUCGUUAGUCUUCAGCGACAUGCAGAGGAAAAGGGAACAACAUGCUAUGAGUUCCUCGAGCAGUUGCGGCAGUUCUAA